UUUUUUUUUAUUAAAAUAGGCUAUCAACGGCACCAGGAAGUCCUAGAACGCGCAUGCACCGACUGGUGGGGCAAGCCACGCACGCAAGCACGUAAGCUCGUGCAAUCUCGCUGCAAAUCGAUCGUCCACUCGUUACAGGAGGCCACAUAGUGCGUAGUAUUUUCCGAAAUAUUUCGUCGAUCCGUGGUUGACAGGUCCACAGAAGCCGCUGACUAUCCAAGAAAAGAGAUGAGCAAGCAUUUGGAAGCGGUGGCCACGAUGGCCUGCAUGAAGACGCAUCUGAUGCUGUUCAACUUCGUAUUCUGGGCGUCCGGUGUGUUGAUGCUAUGCAUCGGGAUUUGGGUGAGAUUUCAACUUUGGGCCUACGUCGACAUGAGCGUGGAAGAUAACGGAGCGAUCUCCUUGGCGUUAGUAAGUUUAGGCGCAAUUAUGACCUUGGCAGCAACGCUCGCUUGCUGUUGCACGGCUCGUGGCCAUCCGGCUCUUUUGUACUUGUAUGGCGCGUUCUUAGCCGUCGUCGCGUUACUGGAGCUCGGGGUCGGCGCAUCGAUUUACGCUUAUCGUACCAAUUUGAACGAGAAAUUCGAUCAGGGUCUCAACGAGAGUAUGUCUGUCUAUGGGCAGGACGCUACGAAGACUUCUCACAUCGAUUCUGUGCAGACUGCGUUGCAUUGUUGCGGUAACAAAGGAUACACCGAUUGGCUCAACAUGUACCAUCCAAAACAGAUUCCUCUAUCUUGUUGCAAAGUAAAAACCGAUGUCUGUGACGUCAACAACAUGAGCGACAUUUAUAUUCAGGGCUGCUACACCCGUGUUUUGGACUUAAUAAAUGGUAACAUCGGUCUGGUCGCUGGAACAGCAAUCGGUGUAGCUUUCUUCCCUCUCGUAGGUAUAUUCUUUGCGUGUUGCUUAGCCAGCAACAUCAACAAAGCCAAGUACGAGCAAGUUGCUUAGAGUUUUCGCGUAAUUCGCAAAAAGGUUAGCUGUACCAAUAAGAGGAGUCUGCAUUGCUCGUAAGAGUGGCAUUAAACCGUUUCCAAACAACAAUGUUCAUUGUACGGUUGUCUCACGAAGGACAGGUCACCUGAAUAUCCUUGCAGAAAAAAGAACUGUUUAUUUAAAUCAAGUAUCCGUGUUUUAAUGGCAGAGUUCGACGGGGUAGAGAAUUUUUGAGAUAAAAGAGUACAGGUACAUUUGUUCUAAAACUAUAAGUUUCAGAGAUAUCCUGUUCCUAAAGUCUAAUCUUGAAACUGCUAUAUUAUAUGCAUGUAAUCGUCUUUGUACACAUUGUUUUAACUGUUAAUUUUAGGACACAUGUACCGUAAUACUUUCACUCUCAGAACUCUGUCUUAAAAGUGGAUAUUUAAAACUAGAAAAUCAUUCAGAGAGAUACAAACAACGCAUCGAUUAUUUAAAGUAACAGAAAUUCAAGGCGACCCGUAGCUAGUGGGACAUUUUGUAUGGUAACGACGAUGUUCAAAGUUGCACGAACACGCAAGUACAAAAAACACAGAAACAUUGAAACCGUUGUAAGGCUGUUCUGAUAACGUCAUUGCUUUCUUUCUUAUGCUUGCGAUCGCUGUACAAAUAUCAAAGCACAGCUACAAGUCUGCGAGUAACAAAUAUUCUUCCAAACCUUCUCAAUAUUUAUCGUAAUAAUAAGACUGUACGCUUUCAAUUAUUAAUUUUUAAUCGAUGACAAGUAAUUAUUUGAACCGACAUUGGAAUCGCAUAUUAUCAUUCGGAUGUGCGAAAAGAAACUGUUCGAGAAAUUUAAAUUCCCUUUCAUUGAAUAGAAAUCAUUUCUGAUAUCUGACGAUUAUUUUUUUAUUUUUAUACGUGAUAUCUCACCGUUGUGUUCAUAUUUCUUAACGCGACAAAGUGUAGGAUUUUGUUAACCGCGUAUCGUAGACGCGACCGUAUUUAAAAAUUAAAAAAACGAAAGUUGUCUUUCCAUUUAUAGUGCAAAUAGUUAGCUUCUGUGGUUAUUAACUAUAUGGCAGACAUCUUGUUUUUUCUCGAUCUUACGACACAGAUAUAUGUAUACAUAGAUAAGUUACGAAAAUAUAAUAAAAUCCGUUCUUCGACUUGUUAUGUAGAUACUACAGAAACUAAGUUCCUAGAAAUAUAUUUAUAUUUUUUAUUAAUAGGAACACCAGAGGAUAACGAUGACGAAAUUUUACUUUAUUGCGUCUUUGUAGUAUUUUACGACGUAACCUUUCAUAAAUUUAUUUCGUUAAAAUGCUUGCUCAUUAUUUACUAACAUGACGUAAGAUAUUCAUAUAAAAUGUUUAUAUGAAAAUCGUAAUGAUUGUUCUUUGCAUAGUGUAAAAAUCUCUAGAUGUUUGUUCUAAAUGUAAAUGUUUAGAUCGGGGCUGCGCAAAUGGCGGACGAGUAGCCAUUUAAUAAAUUCAUUACAGUCAUUCGCAUAUUUUAUUUUUGUGGACGAUUGUCCGAUGUGCAGCCCCGGUCUAUAAUGUUUCUCCUCAAGGUACUUUCGCCUACUAUAUCGAGAAGCUAAUCGCUAAUCAAAAGAAAUGUGUCUAUUACAUUCGUACAUUUCGUGCUUACGAGCUGUUUUGAAGUAACGUUACUUUACGAUUUAUUAAAGAAUUAUUUACAACGUCUCAUAGUACGCAGCAAAUGUCGUAAACUGCGACUAUAUUUUUUCAUAGAUGCCUUAUUCAAGUUCAAUUAAUUGAACACGUUGUACUGUGUUACAUCACGUCUAUAUCAUAUUCAGAUUCUGCGUAUAAAAUAUUAAAUCUUGGAAAAUAUAUUUAUUAUAUCGAUAUAUAAAUAUUUAAUAAAAAUAUAUAUAUAUAUACACACACACACAUACGCGUACACAUAUUAUAUUAUAUUUUAUCGUGGAAGAUACAGUUGCAUAUAUUUUAAUCUACAAAGAGUUAUUAUUUUAAGGGUGGCCCACAAACGUUUAAUGGUACGGAAUUCGAAUCACUUACCUCAUUGAUGGUUACCAUCAUUAAUUGUUGAAAUUUAAUUGAUGUUUUACAAUAAACUGUGUGAUUAUAUGUAUAUGUAUAUGUAUACAUACAUGCAUAUUUUACACGUGUUCCAAAUAUUUCAAUAAAGAUAUAUGAAACGAUACAUCUUGAGUUUUUAUCUUUGUCCUUUCUUGAAAUUUAAAAUAUGAAUAUGAACCGGGGGAUU